GUUGUGACACCUCUCACUCAUUCCAUCUUCGCCCUCAUCAACAGUCACUCAACUCUAAUACCGAUCUAAUAAUCAACCGACCACACCAGUCUUUACAUCCACACUCACUCGAACAACACCCAACCCUAUUACCAGUAUGCAGUUCACCAACGCCCUCGUUGCGGCCACCUUGGCCUCCGCCGUCUCUGGCGCCUCCAUCCCUUCGCAAGUCUACGCCCGUCAGAACGGAACGGCCAACAGCACGCUGCCCGCCUACUUCAAGCUCCAAGUCGUUGCCAUCGACACACCUCUCCACCUGCAGCACUUCCAGGCGGCCCAGAGCAGCAUCUUCGUCGGGCUCCCCAAGCAGAACGCCACCUGCGACAUCACCCCGGACCAGCCUACCGAGCAGGAGGCCACCUUCACCUUGGACUCUGAGGACAACGGACUCUACCUCUACGCCGCCUCGACGACGCCCCAGCAGCUCUUCGCCGACCUCUCCGGCAUGGGUCAGGGCAAGCUCGGCUACACCACCGGCGCACAGCCUGCCCCCCGCAACGCCCAGCGCACCGGCUGGGAGCUCGACGAGGCUGGCCACCUGAUGUUCGAUAACGCCGGCUUCACCGCCUGCCCCAACAGCAUCGAGGGCUCAUGGAGCGUCUGGGUUUACAACAGCAUUGACAACCCCGGCGGCAACAAGGACUGCGUCCGCAUCGCCGCCCGCCCCGUCGCGAUCCCCAAGCCCAACGGCUGCAGUUACACCUCCUAAGCGGGGGUGCAUAUCGUGCUUGACAACGAGCAACUCACCCUGUGAGAAUCGAUAGCGGUUAGACAAAAUAAUAACGGACCAAAAGGUGGGGGGAGGGCAUGACGGCCAGCCCCUGUGAUAUCUAUAUAAUGGCGGGGGGGAGGGGA